AUGGUAACGGUUACACAUUUUAUUCCAUAUAGUGAAAAACUCAUAGAGACUACAGUGACAAAUGAAGUUUCCGUAGUCAAGAACUGGCUCCUCGCCAUACGAGUAGCCUACCAAGAGGAACCAACGGUGAUCAUCUCUCUGAACUCCAAGACCAGUCCUCAAGAUGAUGCAAAAACCUGGACUCUUCAACUAUGCAUCAAAACCAAAUGCCUCAUUCUCCAACUACUUCAUGCGAAUCAAAACACCAACCUCGGCGAAUGCAUUAGUGAUCUAUUUCUCGAUGAGAGAUUUGUUUUUAUAGGAAUAGGUAUUGCCGAAAAGGUCACUAAGCUCGGCUGGCUAAAUAGAGUUGUUAAGAAAGCUGAUGUUCGUGAUUUGGUGAAGGUAAAUUUUCCUUUAAGUUAUGGUGAGAAAUCAUCAAGGCUUAGCUUGAAGGGUAUGGCUUAUGACUUGUUGGGAUUUGGCUCGUGGAUACCGAAGAGGAAGAUUUGUCCGACAGACUUGGCUAAUGAAGUUCUUGAUGAAGAGGUGAUUAAGUUCUUGUCCAUCGACGCUUAUGUUUGUUAUGAAAUUGGGUGUAAGAUGCUUUAG